AUGAACGAAAAUUAUUUUUACAUAGCACCCCUGGUGCUUUUAGCGUUGACGUGGAGCGUCGAUGCACAACGUUACUACAAUUACUAUCCACGUGGUUAUACUGGUCGUAAUCUAUACGAACAUGGCCGGUCUAUCUCGGAUGAGGUAGUUCGCUGCGGUCCAAACACUUGUGGUGUAGGAGCUCACUGCACCCACGGCAGUGUGCGGCCAGUUUGCGCAUGCCUGCCAGGAUACUCCGGUGACCCACUGUCGCAGUGUGUUAAGAUUGAGUGUGUGGAUAACAGCGAAUGUAGAGGCCAUCUGUCCUGUGUCAACCAACAUUGUAUUAACCCUUGCGAGGGCGCUUGUGGUGUUCAUGCUAACUGCGAGGUUCGCCAACACGUGCCAGUAUGCUCUUGUCCAGCUGGUUACACAGGAAACCCCUUCACCUCCUGCAGAGUAGCAGACCCAGAGGAAGCGUGCCAUCCCUCCCCUUGUGGGCCCAACACCAAAUGUCACGUUGCUAACAACCAGGCCAUCUGUACUUGUCUGCCCGGAUAUAUUGGAAGUCCGUUAAGCGGUUGCAGACACGAAUGCGACUCGGACAGCGAUUGUGGCGCUCAGCAGUCGUGCCGAGACUUCAAAUGCGUCAGCCCCUGCAGCGACUGUGGGGUCAAUGCUGACUGUGAAACUGUCGCCGCUCACCGUGCGGUCUGCAAGUGUCCAAGAGGUUACCAUGGCGACCCAUACCGCAUCUGCUCAGCAGAAUGCACCUCAGACAGCGAAUGCCCCAGCUACAAGCCCGCCUGUGUCUACAACGCCUGCGUCAAUCCUUGCACGAACGCGUGUGGUGUCAACGCAGACUGCAAUUUACGCGGUUUGACGCCCGUCUGCUCUUGCCCAAAGACGAUGACCGGCGAUCCCUUCACAUUCUGCAGGCCAUUUGAAGCGCGUGACCUCUGCGAGCCCAAUCCGUGUGGUGCGAACGCAAAAUGUACCCCAGGCCACGACCGUACUGGCGCUGAACGCCCAGUCUGCACUUGCCCUACUGGAUACCGUGGAAACGCUCUGGUUUCUUGUGAGAAAGGUGAAUGCGAAUUGGACUCCCAAUGUUCCGACCACUUAGCGUGUGUGGGUUACGAAUGUGUCGACCCUUGUCUUGGCAACACCCAGUGCGGUUCUGGAGCCGUCUGUAUGGCGAGAAGACAUAUCGCUGUAUGCACUUGUCCUGGAGACCACCACGGUGACGCUCUGGUGAACUGCUAUCAGAGCCACUCUGAAGCAGUCUCCACGCGCUACUACAGAUACAAACGUAACGGAAACUUCACCGAAGAACUGCCCCAAGUGCCAACUUUAGCUGCUGACAGUCCCGUCGUAUUAGACGCAGUACCUGCUAAAGAAACCGAAGCCAAAGCUGAGACGACAGAGAAGAAAGAAUAA